AUAGAUUCAUAUGAUUUUGAUAUUGACUCGAGUUUACAUUAACGGAAGCCGUCUGUUUUGUCUUACAGUUUUCUUUUUACAUUGCAGGUAUUUCUCUGCUGAGUCUCUGGGCUGCAACAGCAUAACAUAACAUCAGGAUCCCGCAGCAAAGAUGGCCACUGAGAAAAGACUGUCUGCGAGGCGUAAGCAUACUCUGAAAAGCUGUAUGCUGGUGGUGGCCAAUAAUCUGUUGGAGGCUGAAGCAACAAUGAAGCAUGGGGAGAGGGAGAAGUUCCUGGCAGAGAAAUGUCCUCCUCUGGAGCUGCCGUACUCCAAGGACGAGCUCACGGACCUUUGCAAAAAACUCCACCAGCAGAUCGACAUCGGCGAAGAGGAGAGAUACAGCAUGGAGUUCAAACUGAACAUGGUUCUGAACGAGGUCAGAGACCUCAACAUAAAGAUUGUGGAUCUGAGGGGAAAGUUCAAGAGACCCCGGCUGAAGAAAGUGCGCAUGUCCGCUGACGCCAUGCUGAAAGCCCUGCUGGGCUCCAAGCACACGGUCAACAUGGACCUGAGGGCCAACCUGAAGCAGGUCAAGAAGGAGGUGAAAGAGGAGGACAAGCAGCUGCGCGAUGUGGGAGACUGGCGUAAGAACAUUGAAGACAAGUCUGAUAGGAAGAAGAUGUUUGAUGGUUAAACAUGAAUUGAAAGAGUGAUUUUCAGGACAGAAUUCAGGUCUAAUGUCUUUGUAACUGAAGAGUUUUAUUCCAAAAUGCUAUCCACUGUAAACCUACCUGGUACUUUUGUUAAACGGAUAAGAAAGCAGUGGAGCUUUUAUUGAUUAUCAGUGUUAAUCUAGAGAUCUUAAGAACGAUGAUUUUAAAGUUGUAGUAUGGAACAGUAGGUGAUGAAUGAUAAUCUCCUCAUUUUUCUUCACAGGAUUUUAAAAGUUAUACAAACAUAUACAUAACCUUGGUGUCACCUUCUGAUUGGUUUCUGCUGUUUUAAAUUAAGAUCAUUAAACGUUUUUUUCAACAAAUGAAAGGAUUGUUGUUUUUAGUUGUACUGUUUUUACUUUCCAACUGUAGGAAAACUUUCAGUGUGGGCUGAGGUAGAUGAGGCAGGGUUUCGGUGGCUAUUUUGGAACAAAACUCUUCAGUUUAAUCUAAGCUGCCUUCUGCUUUCGCCUGUAUUGACACUGUACUGUGAUGUAUUUGUAUGUCCUGAUGUCAGUUAGUACAUUAGUGGUGAAUCAAACCUGCUUUUGUUCUAAGGAGGCGGAAUUAUGCUUCUGCAUCAAAAUAUUGCUCUAACUGCGACGUACCUUCCUUAAACCUACACUGCAGCUGAUAUACAUGUUGUAAGUUGUUGUAGUUAACAAGUAACAAUUUGUAGUUGCAAACCUUGUUAAGUAACAACAAGUGAGCAAGAAGUUUAAUCUGAAAUCCAGAAAAAAAAAGCACCUUAAUCUCACCUUCUUUCACUUUAUUGUAUUGACUGAGAAUAAUAGUUAAGAUUUUCAUCUUUAAGCUUAUUUGAUUUAUUUUUUAUUAAAGUUUUACUUUUACUGCAGAAGCGACAUCGUGCACACUUACUUCGGCGAGUGUGUUGUGUCUCUUCUGCAUUGCAAUAUAAAAAAUAAAACUACAGUAUCACGUGAGCUUAGAGCUGAAGAUGUAAACUUUUAAAGUGUGUAAUAUUAAAAAUUAUAAUAACGCCUACUUCUGUUACCUGACCUACCUGACAAGCAGUCCCGUUUUUCAGGUAAUAUUUGGCCGUUUUGUUCCGAAAAGCUUCAGGUAGAGUUCAGAUUCGGAUAUUUUCAAAUGUUAAUUUUCAUAAUAUAUUUUUCUCAAUCUCACUUUGACUAUGCUUUACGUCUGCGUCCAUUUUUGUCCCAAAUGCCGAGCGGGAAAAAAGAGUGUAGACAAUAUGUUGCGUUAACCUGUCAAAUUUAGCCCUCACUGCUAGCAAGAGCGACUCCUCUGUUGCAGAAGUAUAAUUCAGCCUACAGUCUGUACUAAACUACAUCAUGUUAUAUUUUCCAAACUGUUCAAACAGAAAUGUGAUGUACUUUUCUCGUCUUGUUGCUGUCA